CGUAACCCACCUCAGAGAAGGAAAAAUUAAUUAUUAUAUAAACAAAAACGAAAAUAGUCGAAAUAUACGAGGAUCUCCCCCAAAUCUCUCCUCUCCGAGCCCGCACCAAUUUCUCUCUUAUAUUUCGCAAGUUUAGGGUUUUCCCUUCUCUGGUAAGAUUUGGGAUUCAGUUUUUUCAUCUUCUCGAUCACUUGAAUUUUGGGGGAAAAGUUGUGAUCUUGGAGAAGAAGCAGCGGCAGAAGCGCUUCUCGCCGUAGAUGGGGGAGUGGAGAGGUUCGUGGGAUGGGGAGAAGAGGAAUCAUUAUAAUUACAAGGAACGAAACAGCGGGGCGAGCAAUUCUUGGAGGCCCCCCAAUCCAACAGGUCCUGAAUAUUUUUCUGUUCCAUUGUGGGAGAAAAAGUUUUGCACUUAUGUUUGCGACAUACCCUGGAAAAGGCUUUGUGAAACCAAGAGAUUUAUGAGCAUGUACAAGAAUAUUGUCCAGUGGGAUGAUUCUGCGGCAUUAGAGGCUUUCCAGAAUGCAAAGGCCCGGUUCCAUGCAGAGUAUCAUGGCCUACAUUGUGAUAUCCCUUUACCUAAUCCGGAUAUGUACAUCGAUGAGGUUGACCCAAAUGCAAUAAUCGACCCCGAUUUAAUUGCAGAUUUGGAAAGUCAGCCACCUGCCCCUGCUGAUAGAGAUAACUCUGCACCUAAUGGCUGGGAUUCUUUUACAUAUACAGAUAAGCCAAUUCCUGCUACUGGGUGGGAUGAUGCGGAGCCAAAUGCAGUUUCUGAUCAGAAUCAGUCAGUAAAUUGGGAUAUUUAUGUAGAAAAACCAUCUCAAGCUACUUUUUCUUCAAGUUGGGAUGUAAAGGAUGAAUCUCUCAACGCAUGGAAUUGCAGUAGUCGCGGUUGGGGUGAGGGUAAUGAGCAGCACAAUUCUUGGGCUAGUAAUAGAAGGAAUGAUAAUUGGGGCAAUGUUAGAAGUGGCUCGUGGGGACAUUGGGAGAAUAGAAACAAGGAGACGAGUAGAAGAAAUGGAAGGAAGAGAGACGGAGGAGGUGGCCGGUUCUAUGCAAGAGUUACGAAACCAAAGUACCAUGAGGUGGAUGGUUAUCAAUCUAACAAUAGCUGGAGAGGUUGUAGAGGGAGAAAUAACACAAAUUCUGACAAGGUUGCUUAUGCAAAACCGCCUCUCGCUAUGUAGCAGUGAAAGGCCAAUGAAUUAUUUUCUGGUUGGCGUACCGAGUUCUCUUUUCUCGCAGUAUAUGGCAAGUUAUAAUGUAUAAAAUCAAGUUUAUUUGUGAUGGGCCUGAUAACUAGGGUUCCCAUCUAUUAGUUGGAAGAGUUUUGGCAUAUUUUGAGACGUAGUAUGUCAGAAGCAGAUGAUGAUUUCAAGAUGGUAUCUGCUAGUACCGAACGUUAUGUAUGCACUCAAUUUUGUUUCUGGCGUUCUAUUAAAGCAUGUUUUGUAUUGAUAGGGUGUAGUCCCAGAUUUAUUAAAUGUUUUCAUAUUAUAGGGUAGUUUAUUAUGGAAGAUUAAGAUUUUGUUUCAUCUAUUAUACGAUUACUUUGUCUGACCUCUUGGAUUCUUUUUAAAGCCAGAGCAGUAUGAAUGUGGAAAGCAAUGAUUUUUAUCGCUUGCAGCUUAAA